AGUUCAUUCCGCGCAUUCCCAAUCCCUCUUGUACGCUGAACAACGAUUUGCCGUAAGUAAUUCAGCAACGGUUCGCGCUCGCCAAAAUGGUCAAGACAAUUUCCACCAUAUCCGAAUUCAAUGAAGUCAUUAAGACUGGCAACACUGUCAUUGGUAAGCCAGUUCAUCUUGAGAUUGUGCGGUAUAGGGUUUCAUAUUUGCGCUCACGAAGAAGCAGGGAUGACUGACUUACGCUCAUGACUUUACCCUUUUUAUGCCAUUCCACAUAUAUUCCAGUUGACUUUUAUGCCACUUGGUGCGGUCCUUGUAAGAUGAUAUCCCCAAAAUUCGAAGCUUUUGCGCAAAAGUAUACCAAGGCCACAUUCAUCAAGGUGGAUGUCGACGAAGUACCAGAAGUUGCAGAACAAGCUAGUAUUCGCGCUAUGCCUACCUUUCAUAUUUACCAGAACGGAGAAAAAAUUAUAGAGAUCGUGGGUGCGGACCCUUCUCGUCUUGAAGCUGAAAUCAAGAAACACGCUGCAUGAAAUGAUCUGGAGGUCGUUAGAUAUUAGAUACCUCUUAUAUGAACCGGCUUUGAACACACUGAAACAAGUUGGUGUCAGUAUCGAAUACCACUCGCUACCGGUUCAUACUUGCUUAAUGGAGUUGAGUCACAUAUUUGCACUGCCGUUGAUGUCGCUCUUCCGUGCUGGGGUCGGAGCUUGCUUCAAUGUGGUAAAAAGAACCGCUGAGGUGGAAACACGAUAUUACCCCAUCGUACUAUAUUCAAG